AUGAAAGAAGAUCAAGAGCUAGAUUUCAAAAAGGAAGCAGCUGCCGACACGUUGGACAAUUAUUCAAAAUUUGUGAUUGCGAGGGUUGGAAGUAGGACUCGACCAUGUGAUUUGAGGUUACAUUUAAUGAAGGAGAUUUCAGGUAUGCCAACUUCUCUAAACAGGGAAACAACACAUGCCGCAGCAUCUCCUGAGACAAUGGGCGAGUCGUCCAGUUCAGGAACAGCAAGACUGGAUAAAGCAGACAGUUUUCGGGCAGUGUAG